CUUUCGGCUGAGAAUUCAGCUUCACGCGGCCAGGAGGGAAAGGCCCGGCUUCGGCGUCUCGCUCCCACAACGCCCUGCGGAGCACGCGGCGCCUGCUGGGAGCUGUAGUCCUCGCUCUGCGUACUGCGUUCGCCGAGGGGGAGGGCGGAGCUGCCGGCGGCCCGGGCGGGCUGGCAGCUAGAGUGGGUGCGAGUACCGCCUCCGCCUCUGCCGCCUCCGCCGUCGCCUCCUCCGCCCGGGCGGUUCGCUGCUGCGCCGGGAGAGCGAGGCGGGGCCGCCGGGGCCGCCAUGGAGCCCGACUCGGUGAUUGAGGACAAGACCAUCGAGCUCAUGUUACCGAAGUGCAUGUUUGGGAUUUUGUUGAAGAAAGCUGGAUACAGUAAACGGAAAGAAUCUUGGAAGCUGCUUGACUGCUGUCUUUUCUCAGACUAGUCUGAGAGGGAACCCCCAUUCAUUCUGGAUUGGUGGAUCUGAAGUACAAAAUAUUUCCCAGAACACUUCAGUUAUGGAGGAUCAAAAUGAAGAUGAGUCCCCCAAGAAAAAUACUCUUUGGCAGAUAAGUAAUGGAACGUCAUCUGUGAUCGUCUCCAGGAAGAGGCCGUCAGAAGGAAACUAUCAAAAAGAAAAAGACUUGUGUAUCAAGUAUUUCGACCAGUGGUCCGAGUCCGACCAGGUGGAGUUCGUGGAGCACCUCAUCUCCCGGAUGUGCCACUACCAGCAUGGACACAUUAACUCCUACCUGAAGCCCAUGUUGCAGCGGGACUUCAUUACCGCGCUACCAGAGCAAGGCUUAGAUCACAUAGCGGAAAACAUCCUUUCGUACCUGGACGCGCGGUCUCUGUGCGCGGCCGAGCUGGUGUGCAAGGAAUGGCAGCGCGUGAUCUCCGAGGGGAUGCUGUGGAAGAAGCUGAUCGAGCGGAUGGUGCGCACCGACCCCCUGUGGAAGGGCCUUUCAGAAAGAAGAGGGUGGGAUCAGUACCUGUUUAAAAACAGACCCACAGAUGGCCCCCCCAAUUCAUUUUACAGGUCCUUAUACCCAAAGAUCAUCCAGGAUAUAGAGACGAUAGAGUCUAACUGGCGGUGUGGACGACACAACUUGCAGAGGAUUCAGUGUCGCUCCGAAAAUAGCAAAGGUGUCUACUGCCUGCAGUACGACGACGAGAAGAUUAUCAGCGGGCUACGGGAUAAUUCUAUCAAGAUUUGGGAUAAAACCAGCUUGGAAUGUUUGAAGGUGUUAACGGGGCACACGGGCUCUGUCCUUUGUCUCCAGUAUGACGAGCGCGUCAUUGUGACCGGCUCUUCAGACUCUACAGUGAGAGUCUGGGAUGUGAACACGGGCGAAGUCCUGAACACGUUGAUCCACCACAAUGAGGCUGUCCUGCACUUGCGCUUCAGCAAUGGACUCAUGGUGACCUGUUCGAAGGACCGCUCCAUCGCUGUGUGGGACAUGGCUUCUGCCACCGAUAUCACUUUGCGCCGCGUCUUGGUUGGCCACCGUGCUGCUGUUAAUGUGGUAGACUUUGAUGACAAGUACAUCGUGUCCGCCUCUGGGGACAGAACCAUCAAGGUCUGGAGCACGAGCACCUGUGAAUUCGUGCGCACUCUGAAUGGGCACAAGCGAGGCAUCGCCUGCCUCCAGUACAGGGACCGGCUGGUUGUCAGUGGAUCGUCAGAUAACACCAUCAGGCUCUGGGACAUCGAAUGUGGCGCCUGUCUAAGAGUUCUAGAAGGCCAUGAAGAACUGGUGCGUUGCAUCCGGUUCGACAACAAGAGGAUUGUCAGCGGCGCCUACGACGGGAAAAUUAAAGUUUGGGACUUGCAAGCUGCCCUCGACCCCCGAGCCCCAGCAAGCACGUUGUGUUUGCGCACCUUGGUGGAACAUUCUGGACGGGUGUUUCGGCUACAGUUUGAUGAAUUUCAGAUCAUCAGCAGCUCCCAUGAUGACACUAUUUUGAUUUGGGAUUUCUUAAAUGUGCCUCCCAGCGCCCAGAGCGAGACCCGCUCUCCCUCCAGAACGUACACGUACAUCUCCAGAUAACAGUCUGCACUUUACCCGUCUCAGGGUUUCUUCCUCUUGAACUACUGGCAACAUGGCUACCAAAUGCCUAAGGGAGUUCUUCACAGCUGAGUUACGAAGCUGGAAUUGGUUCUAGACGCUGGGUAGAUGCAAAGCAGCCUAACUCUUCAAGCACCGACCUCCCCACCUCCGAUUCCGGCCUCCACUUUGAGAAGGACACCUUAGCUUCACCGACUCCAAGCAGGACCGCGAAGCCCAUUUCCUCCCCCAUCAGUGAAAACAAUCGAAUGCUUCCCAUGUAAAUUGUUCAAGUGAAAGGAAUACACAGGCAGUUCUCCAGGAGUAAAUUGGCAGUCAAGAGAAGACUUGGCCUCUAAUUUAUAUUGCUUUGCACUUUGAUCUGAUACUAAGACACAGCGUUCUUUGGUGAAAUUUUGGGUGCCAAACACCUACCCAGAAUGUCCAGGGCUUUCCUUUGCAGAAGUUUCCUUUUGACUGUCCACGUCAUUCUGAAUUCUGACUCGUGUUAGGGACGUGCCGGACUAUGGGAAAGUUUCUCUGGGUUGUGUUAGUAACAUUUUUGGGGUUAUACUUCCUUUCUGUACCAUUUCUCUUAAUUUAAAGGACUGUAAGCCAGGUCGUAUUACCUCCCCACAGGUAACCUUGCUCUUUCAUUAACUGUCCUCUGCGCCCAGCCGCCUCCCGGUAUGUGGUAGGGUAACACCUUCACACGCGCGCUCGCCUCCUAAUUUAAAUCCCUGUAUCCGCAUGUAGAUACAAUGUACAUAACAGUCGAACCUCAAGGUCGCCGGAGUCAGGGCCCCGCGCCCGAGACACUAACUCGGAGUGUGCGCGCACUCGGCCGCGGGCGGGGCUCCAGGGCCGGGCACCGGGUCGGUGCGGAUGGCCGAGGGCCCUUCCUGCAGUGUUCAUACGGUGUUUUUAGUUUGUCAUUGUCAUUUGUGUGUGCGUGUGGUGUGUGUUUUUAAUGGGAAUCUUGUUUUAAAAUGUAAUUCCUCGAGUUUCUCACAAUGUUUUAUUUGUUGUGCAGCAUAUACGAUAGAGAGGUACCUGAACAUCGUUUUCAUCUUUUCCUCAGAAGAACUCAGUACUGGCAGUCACUUCCCAUAGUGUUCGUGUGACUUCGCUGUCCGAACUGUUACUCUGUGCAUCGGUAACCCUGGGGAGGGAAGAACAAGAAGGCGCGCGCGUGGGGCCCGCGUGCAGGGCAGGCUGGCCGGGGGCCCGCCCUGCGCGGAAGGGCGCUCCUGCGGGGCGCAGGGCCUCGCGCUCACGCGUCCCGUCGUCUCUGGCGUUGCCUGCUGCUGCGGCCCGGCAGGCUCUCAGGGCGCUCCGAGUGUGGGCAGCCGGGGUGUGUGAACGGCUCUGUCGUGCUGACCGUGCGUGGGAAGGGCCUGGGCACCGGCUGGCACUCCGUCUCCCUUGUCCACGAUCAGGUUUUGAUUUGCCCCGCCAUUGUUUCCAAAGAUCAUGGAAUGUCGAUAGCAUUUUCAAGGACCAAUGCGAACCUCCUGUUGCGAAACCUCUUCCCGUGGAAGCACACUCUACUACUAAAGACAAGGUCCCUGGGCUCUGUGUCGUCUUCGCGUUGAGAACGGUGUGGGGAUCAAUGUGUGUAUGUGAUUCGUCUCUCGGGUUGGCUUUGCUUUUUCCUUUUUUGAAUACAUCCCCUCCCUCCCACGUUACUAAAUUUCUGUUUCUGAGAAAUUGAGCCUCAAAAUGUAAAAAAAAAGUGAGCCCCCACUUGUAAGGCGGGUGUCGUAAGCCUGCCAGCGGCCACGAAAGCGGUGUGACUCUCACCGCCCGCGUCUCACAGCGCCCCCAGCAGACUGGUUAGGGAGCCCGGGAGGGGCGGGCGGAGGCAGUUCCGAACGAAUGGACUUUCUGUUGUUUUUGCAUGUUUAAUAUAAAAGUUCUCGUUCCUUGGGAGAUCAUGGCCUUUGAAUAUGCACACAACCUUUGAAUUGUGCCUACUAAACUAUAGCAGGGGACUCUGGCACCCAAGGAAUUCAGACUUUCUGGGAUUAUAGUAGUAAUUCCCAGCCGUACUCGGGACUUUAUUUUGCUAACCCAUAAUUGAGCAACUGUAAAUUACUGCUAUAUUAAUGUUUUAAAGCACUGGGAUAGUCUGAUUCUAACUUGUAAUUAAUUAUGUUUGCCAAUUAUCUGUUUGAAAUAAAUUUGUGUCUGAACAGCUAUUGAAACUGUUAAAUUGUACAGAUAUUAUUCAUGACAGCUUUGUACUGUGGAAUGUGCUUAAUAAAAAACAAAAAGUUGACCUUUGUCCAUUAAA